CGCGCUCCGUCCGCCGCCAUUUUGUUGUUAAGAGGAGAGAGAAGAGAGAGAAAAAAAUUUUUUCAGGGCUUUCCCGCCUCGGAAUUUUUUUUUACCCGCGGGGAGGGGGUAUUUUUUUUUCCUCUCUCAACCUUAUCCCCUCCUUACCCCUCACCCACCCACCCUCUCCUGACCACUACCACAACCUUCCCUACCCUUCUCCUCCGUUCUGAUUUUUUCCCCCCCCCCCCCCAUCCUCCUCCCUCCGAAGGCGAGAUCGGGAGAUUCGGAGAGCGGGAGGAGAAAGUUGAAUGGUCGGAGCGGCCGGAGAAGUCGGGCUGGCGAGCAGCGCAAGGAGGUGUAAAGCGGGUUUGAAAAAAGGCGGCGCCGAGGAGGUGUUUGCUGUUGCGCAGAGUGCUGUGCAGCUGGAUACUCCACAGAGAAUGAUAUGAGACCCGACAGAAGAAGACAAUGCACACAGGCGGAGAGACCUCAGCAUGCAAACCUUCAACUGUUCGGCUUGCACCGUCAUUUUCAUUUCAUGCUGCUGGCCUUCAAAUGGCUACGCAGGUGCCUCAUUCUCACCAGCAAUACAGUGACCGUCAUCAACAGUCUAUAAACGACCAGCAGGUACCAGCAUUGUCCUACACUGACCAGCUUCAGCCAACUGUAACUAAUCAGGUAAUGCCUGACGUUGUCAUGUUGCAACGGCGAAUGCCUCAGACGUUUCGGGACCCUAUCAUUGCUCCGCUGAGGAAACUCUCUGUUGAUUUGAUCAAAACGUACAAACACAUUAAUGAGGUGUACUAUGCAAAAAAGAAAAGGCGGCACCAACAGGGCCAAGGUGAUGAUUCAAGUCAUAAGAAAGAACGAAAAGUAUAUAAUGAUGGUUAUGAUGAUGACAACUAUGACUACAUCGUGAAAAAUGGGGAGAAGUGGAUGGACCGUUACGAAAUUGAUUCCUUAAUUGGAAAAGGGUCCUUUGGACAGGUUGUUAAAGCAUAUGAUCGAGUGGAACAGGAAUGGGUAGCAAUAAAGAUCAUCAAAAACAAGAAAGCCUUUCUAAAUCAGGCACAGAUUGAAGUUCGGCUGCUUGAGCUGAUGAACAAACAUGAUACUGAGAUGAAGUACUACAUAGUUCAUCUGAAACGACACUUUAUGUUUCGAAAUCACCUCUGCCUUGUCUUCGAGAUGCUGUCCUACAACUUAUAUGACCUGCUGCGCAAUACCAAUUUUCGAGGUGUUUCUUUGAACCUUACGCGGAAAUUUGCACAGCAGAUGUGCACUGCUCUGCUCUUCCUUGCUACGCCAGAGCUCAGCAUUAUCCAUUGUGACCUAAAACCUGAAAACAUAUUGCUGUGUAAUCCCAAACGGAGUGCUAUCAAAAUCGUUGACUUUGGCAGCUCCUGCCAGCUUGGACAGAGGAUAUACCAGUAUAUUCAGAGUCGAUUUUACCGUUCACCAGAGGUGCUGCUGGGAAUGCCCUAUGAUCUAGCUAUUGAUAUGUGGUCACUAGGCUGUAUCCUGGUGGAGAUGCACACCGGAGAGCCACUCUUCAGCGGAGCUAAUGAGGUGGAUCAGAUGAAUAAAAUUGUAGAGGUUCUUGGUAUCCCUCCAUCUCAUAUUUUAGAUCAGGCUCCCAAAGCAAGGAAAUUCUUUGAGAAGUUGCCUGAUGCCUCAUGGACAGUGAAGAAGACCAAAGAUGGCAAGAGGGUGAAUAUCAAGAGUAACAUAAAAAAAAUUGGAAACACAGAAUAUAAGCCACCAGGAAGCCGAAAGCUUCACAAUAUCCUUGGUGUUGAAACUGGGGGUCCUGGUGGGCGGCGAGCUGGAGAGUCUGGUCAUACCGUAGCAGAUUACCUGAAGUUUAAGGACCUGAUUCUGAGGAUGCUGGACUAUGAUCCGAAGACACGGAUAGCUCCCUAUUAUGCACUGCAACACAGCUUUUUCAAAAAGACAGCAGAUGAAGGGACGAACACAAGUAACAGUGUAUCAACAAGUCCAGCCAUGGAACAGUCACAGUCUACAGGCACCUCUUCUAGCACAUCUUCGAGCUCAGGUGGCUCUUCUGGGACAAGUAAUAGUGGGAGGGCAAGGUCAGACCCAACACAUCAGCAUCGGCAUAGUGGUGGCCAUUAUAGUGGAGCUGUCCAGGCAAUGGAUUGUGAGACACACAGCCCACAGGUUCGACAGCAGUACCCUGUGGCAUUGGGAUGGACGCCUGGCGAUGCCACAACACAAAUCACUGUUGAAACUCAUCCAGUUCAGGAAACAACGUUCCACAUUGUUCCCCAGCAGCCGAGUGCAUUACAUCACCAUCACUCUAACAGCUCCCAUCAUCACCUCCACCAUCAUCACCACCAUCAUCAUGGACAGGCCAUGAGCACUCGGAACAGACCACGAGCUUAUAACUCCCCAACAAACGGCUCCGUUGCCCAGGACUCUAUGGAAGUGGGACAUAGCCACCACUCCAUGACGUCCUUGUCUUCCUCAAACUCCUCUUCGUCAACCUCCUCCUCUUCUGUUUCUGGGUCUCAAGCUUAUCACAACCGGCCUGUUGUUGCCAAUACUUUGGACUUUGCUCAGAAUGGCACUGUGGACAUUAACUUGGGUACAUACUCCAAUCCCCGCCAAGAGACGGGAGUGUCUGGCCCACAAGUGUACCAAUUUUCAGCAACAGCUGGUUCUGGCCAUUAUAUGACAGAAGGCCAUUUGUCAACGCGGCAAGGAAUGGAUAGAGAGGAGUCUCCAAUGGUAGGUGUUUGUGUUCAGCAGAGUCCCGUCGCAAGCUCGUGACUACAUUGAGAUGGGGUUUGUUUUUGUUUGUGUGUCUUCAAGGUGGGGGUUUUAACAAAAAGUGCAUUGAGAACAGUGCUGCUUUGGAACAAAGGAAAUGGAAUGGACAGGUCAAGAGCGCAGAGCUGAUUAUAUUUUUAAAUUGAAAAGGAAUUUGCUAAUGGACUGUGGAGUGCAAGUGCUUAAGACUGGAUUCAUGCCCAGAAACCACCUUACACUUCAUGUUAUGGGUCAUCCUGAGGUGUAGUCUCACCUUAUGCUACAAUUCUCUUACACAGCAUCCUGCCACCUGUGUUAGCACAACCUGGCAUGGGUGAAGUAGCAGCAUUAGUUUAAAAGCCACCUGGGAAAAAAAAUAGAAACGGAACUGCAGAUUGUUUUUAUGAACAGUCAACACUUCAGUCUUUUCUGACCUAUUUUGUGUCAACUUUCUUAAAAAACAAAGUCCCCAAGUACCGGAACAUCCUAAUACGGUCCUGUGAUGUGCUGCAGAACAGGAGGGCUUGAUAAAGUGGAGCUAGCUGCCAUCAGAGCAGAGUCUGAACUGAGAGGACACUGUAAAUGAUAUUUCAAAAGCACAUCUGGCAUGCUGAGUGGUGGUUAGUAAAACAACCUUGUUCUAAUCUUACAGGAACUUUGGAAAUUUUUUUGGCCCUCAUUGGUUGAAUCAAUUAACGGUUAAGUAGCGAUUGAAUGUUCAUUUUGGUCCAGUCAUUGAAACGCAGUGAGUGGAAAUCAUGGUCGUUCUUGACCUACUGCUUACAUUUUUGAGUGGCAGUUAAAUAUCCUUGGCCUUUCGAUUUUGGACAUUGACUGAAAAAAAUUGUUUUAAGAGGCUUAUCAUUUAACAUGCCAUUGUGCAAAGGUCAUUAAACUUUCAGAUAGUCCUUAACUUUUCUUAAACAAAGCAAGCAUGGGUAAUUAAUGAGGCCUUUGUUGGAGGAUAAAUAAACUGAUCCUUUCCCACUUUUUUUUUCUCUCCCUUGGCUCUUCCCCCAUUACCACUACUAUCACCACACCACCACCACCACCAGUUGCAGGGAUUGAAGAGGUCAUGAGAGGUCACGUGUGUCAUGUCAUAAAAGCUACUUCCUCUCUUAUAGGUCACUGAAGGCGUGAUCUCCAAUUUGCUGAGAUAAAUAUAACUGUCCUUCCUUGGACUUAUUUCUCUCCCUCUCCCAACCCAUCCUAAUUGCUUUUCCUUCAGCACGACAAAGACAAUUUUUGCGCAGAGACAACUCCUGUUCGAACAUUUUUAAAAUGCAGAAUUUUAUGUGACUGCUCUCGCCUCACGAUUAUGCUGUGAAUUUUACAAGAAUUUAUUUUCCUUUUUUGAUAAUUUAUUGUACCAAAGCUGUUUUUAUAGCACAUAGAUGUCUGUAACCAAUAAUGUAGCAGUUCUGCACUUUUGAUAAGGUAUGUUUAGAUCAUUUUUUCUUUUAAAUGUUAAUUAUAAUUAUGGCUAUACCUAAUGCUUAACAAAACUGGAACUGAUAGCUUUAUGCAGUACUUUCACAAUCUGAAUAUGUUGUAGUUUCAUUUUACUGUCUUUUCACCCAAAAAGGGAUUCUUUUAAAACCUGAGGAAUACAUUCUGAUUUUAAGUCCAGUUAUUAGAUGCUUGUUUGGCAGGCCAUUAGACCUCACAUAACCGUUGAUACAGACCAGGUAAUUAGAUGAGGUCUUUUUUUCAAGUAAGUAGGUGGAAGGACCAACCAUUUACAAUGCAGUUGGUGCAGAACGAUCAUUUUAGUUUUGUGCUAAUACCUGUAUAUUCUAAUGGACCAUUCUGUGUAUUGCGCAUGCUAAAGAAGGGAGACUCAUCUGUAAAAAAAGAUAUAGAUGAUACGAACUCACCUGAGCCAAAAUAAGCCAUUUUGCUUUUAUUUAAAAGGGCACAUAAAUCUGUGGACAGAAAAUGCAGUAUGACAACUGCAACUUUAUGGUAAAUGCAACCUCUUAAUAAAUCUGAAGACAAGAUGUUAUUAAAAAGGUUAGCCGAACUUACUGAUCCAACUAAAUUAGUACCAGGAAAAGCAAUCCACUUUCGGUCUGCUGUGGUGUCAGUAGUCUAUGAAAUUUAACUCCUUUUCACCGGUUGCCAAGCAGUAAUACCUGGCCUGUGCCCAGUGAUCAUUUUUUGGAAGAGCCCAGUUAGUUUUGACUUCGGUGUCAGUUGAUCGUUAACUAUAAGUGUCUUUCUACAACCUGGACAACUGUCAAUAUAUAAUUUCACUGAAAUCAACUUUAAUGAUACAGCAUUAUAUUUCAAAUAUUUUAAAAAAAACUGAGGGAUGGAUAGACAUCUCAAGUGAUGUAACACAACUCCUCUUCGCUCACUUACAGAGUUGUAGAUCUGACCUUGAAUGUUGGUAAGUGAAGUCCAGAGUGGGGGACAUGAAAUCAUAUUGAGGGCUGAAUUCAAUUUUUUUGAUGGAAUGUUCUUGGCUAAGACUUGCUGCUGGCCUUUUUAAAAUGCUUGGGAUCUCCAUUGAAGCAAAUUCCAGAGAUCAAAAUCUCUCUAAUUUUGAGCAGCAAAGCCAGAGAAACACAAACAUAUAGUUAUGGGUGCAAUGUUGGAUCUUAGUUAGGAUUUUGGAUAUUAAAUAGCGUUGAUCAAUACUGACACACUCAAUACCUAAGUUAGGCAGAGUGCUUAAUGCAGUAUCAUCUGCUAUUAAUCUAAUAAAUGCCAAAUACAAAUAGCUAUUAUGUGAGAUCUGUUUCUAAAUCCAAACUUGUCAGAUCUGUAUCUGAUUCUUAACAGUUAACAUUUGUAUUACAACCAGUCAUGUAAUAUGCACACCUUCUUUCUUCAUGUGUGUGCGCCUCUUGUCUUGUGUCUGCGUGUGUUUCAUUAGUGUCUUGGCACUGCCUUGCUCUAGGCACUUUCAUUAGCAUGCGCUCUUGCUCGCAUCUCCCCUUUUCUCUCCUGUUUCGCCUCAAUUUACAGUCCAGUUUUGUUUGCUUGACUACACAGUUUGGUUACAGGACUUCUGACUGUGCAUUGUAAACCAUAAACAGCAUGGAAAAAGGUUAAGUACCUGUGUCCAGAGAUUAUAAGACCUAGUCAAGACUUGCUGUGUAUAUUGUAAUAUGUUAAAUGACAAAAGACAAGCCCUUUGUAUUAUAGUCAUGCAGUCUUAUGUAUGAUAAAUAAUUGAUCAA